AUGGAAUCACACAACAACGUGAACCUGGACGUAGAGAAAGAUGAAGAAAUGGCUUUUGACUACUCCAAAAGAGCUCAAUGGCUAAGAGCCGCCGUGCUAGGUGCCAACGACGGUCUUGUCUCGACGGCUGCACUUAUGAUGGGUGUUGGUGCAGUGAAGCAAGACGUCAAAAUCAUGCUCUUGACCGGUUUUGCUGGUUUAGUGGCCGGAGCAUGUAGCAUGGCGAUCGGAGAGUUUGUCUCAGUUUACUCUCAGUACGACAAAGAGAAGGCUCAGAUGAAGAGAGAGAGUGGAGGAGAAGGAGAUACAGAGAAAGAGAAGCUUCCUAGCCCGACGCAAGCGGCUGUGGCGUCUGCGUUAGCGUUUUCUAUAGGAGGGAUUGUACCGUUAUUGGCGGCUACGUUUGUGAAAGAGUAUAAAGUGAGGAUUGGAGUGAUUUUGGCGGCGGUCACGUUGGCGUUAGUGGUGUUUGGAUGGUUAGGAGCGGUAUUGGGGAAAGCACCGGCGAUUAAGUCAUCACUUAGGGUUUUGAUUGGUGGAUGGUUAGCUAUGGCUAUUACCUUUGGUUUUACAAAAAUCGUUGGGUUACAUGCUCUCUGA